CCAGCUUCUUGCCCAUGCAGUCGUCCCACCAGAAUUGUUGAAUGCCGCGGCUCAAUGGAACGCCAGCCGGUGACUCGGCGGCAUGUUGACAAGGAAUAAAGUGCGUAACCAAUUCACAAAACCGCCAAAAUGAAGCUGUCACUCCUCGCCAUGGCCACCGCCGCCUCCGCCGCCGCAGUUACCAAGCGCGACGUCGUCUUCGAAGCCCGCAACUUCACCGCCAGCUGCGUCCCCCACAGCGCCAUGUGCCACUACUCCCUCAACGCAUUCAUGCCCGGCACCAUGGACACGCAGGGCUACGACUGCAGCGCGUCGGCCCCCGGCGCGGGCGUGGCCAUCCUGCCCGAGAUCCAGGGCGGCACCUGCCCGCCCUCGUCGCGCACCUUCGACGUCGUCCGCAGCGAGGAGGGCCUGACCGUCAUCGUCAGCGUGCAGGUCUCGCGCCUGAGCUACACCCGGGGGUCGCACUUCAUCCCCAACGACCAGAUCAAGAUGAUCGAGGGCGUUACGCCGACGGGCGGCUACCAGGCUUAUGUUGGGCCGAAGGACUUUCCUCUGGAGCGGAUUGUGUAGUUGGUGGUGGGAGAGGAGUGUCGGAGAUGGGAUAUUCUUGGAUCAAGAAGCUGGAAUAGACGAUAGGUGUAUGAUGAACUGGUAGUGUGCUAAAAUCAAGGUAAUUGCCACAUUUGAGUUCAUAAGAAGAGAAUCUAAGAAUGGGCAAAUGGAGCUCCUUGGGUGCAGCACUGCUUGAACCUGAACGAGGCUGUCGAGUGGCACCACCAGUUGCGUCACAGGUGG